AGCCCUCUCCAUCCCCUGCCCUCGCCCAGACCCUGCGAGGCCGCGCCACAGGACCGGUCUUCGGCAGCUCCUGCUCUGGCGGAGACCAUGUCGGACGUGGAGGAGGCGGUGGACAAGUCCGAGGAGGAGCAGGAAGAAGAGGAAGCCCGGAGAGAGGACGGUCCAGAACAGGAGGAGGAAGUGGAAGAAGAGACUGGAGGCGGGACUGACGCUGAGGAGACCAACACUGAAGAAGGUGGAGAAGAGGAAGAUAAAGAGGCUGAAGAUGGCCCAGUGGAGGAGUACAAGCCCAGGCCCAGGCUGUUCAUGCCCAACCUGGUGCCGCCCAAGAUCCCCGACGGAGAGAGAGUGGACUUCGACGACAUCCACCGGAAGCGCAUGGAGAAGGACCUGAACGAGCUGCAGACGCUGAUUGAGGCGCAUUUCGAGAACCGCAAGAAGGAGGAGGAGGAGCUGGUCUCCCUCAAAGACAGGAUCGAGAAACGGCGGGCGGAACGGGCAGAGCAGCAGCGGAUCCGGACGGAGCGGGAGAAGGAGCGUCAGACCCGCCUGGCCGAGGAGCGGGCCCGCCGGGAGGAGGAGGAGAACCGGAGAAAGGCAGAAGACGAGGCCCGGAAGAAGAAGGCUCUGUCUAACAUGAUGCAUUUUGGAGGCUACAUCCAGAAGACGGAGCGUAAAAGUGGGAAGAGGCAGACGGAGAGGGAGAAGAAGAAGAAGAUUCUGGCCGAGAGGAGGAAGGUGCUGGCCAUCGAUCACCUGAACGAAGACCAGCUGAGGGAGAAGGCCAAGGAGCUGUGGCAGAGCAUCUACGACCUGGAAGCGGAGAAGUUCGACCUGCAGGAGAAGUUCAAGCAGCAGAAAUACGAGAUCAAUGUUCUCCGCAACAGGAUCAAUGACAACCAGAAAGUCUCCAAGACCCGUGGGAAGGCCAAAGUAACCGGGCGCUGGAAGUAGAGCCUCAGCCUCCUCGGAGGCCGAGCCUCCUUCUCCCAGCAUCUGCUCCUCACUGUGUCCCCGCCCUGCACACCCCCGGCUCCCGGGGUCCUCCAGCACCAGAGGCCGACUCCCGCCGCAGACCAGGAGCUGGCCCAGCUGGAAGCCGCACUCGUGCCCGACCACGCCCCCACGCCCACCCUAGCCAGUAAUAAA